AAGAUUCAUCUCGACGUGAGCAGGUUUUUGUUCACAGCAUUGAUUUUUUUGGGAUCCUUGAUGUCAUCUCUUAGCAAGUCGAUAGAACAAGGUGGUACUCGGGUUUGAUGCAAAAAUGAUACCAGCAGAAGUGCCUUCCCGCAACACACGACGACUAAUCCUCGAGCGCUGCUAACCAUGCCCGUAGGCCUCGGGAACGGUCCGCCGCAUCGGUUGAUUCUGGCCACCGCGAAUGGCCGGGCGGAGGACCAGAAUUACGGAAGACGGAACUCAGGACCGACUACCACAUCGGCGCAAAGCAACAACUACGUACCCGCGUGUGGAACUUCGACGAUGGGCGGAUCCCGGCCGGCUCCUCCUCCGCCGCGAUCCUUGCAGGCGCCGCGAGUAGUACCGACGACGCUGCAACAGCGGCGCCGGGCCUUGCCGCGCCCGACGGACAUGACGUGGUGCGGGAACAACAAGAGGACUUCCUGCCGUUGAUUGACCUUAGCGCCGUGCUCGCGACUGCGGCGCAGAAGGAAGACGCGACCGACGACGCCCUCGCCAAGCACAACGAGGCCGUGCGGCAGAUGAAGCGCGCGAUGGAGACGGUCGGCUUUUGCCGCGUUACCGGCUACCAGUACACCCCCGCCCUCUGGGACCGCAUGUGGGCCUUGGGCAAGCAGAUGUUCCGAUGGGAAGACAAAAACGAGUUCCUGACGGCGAAGGAUUCUAACGCGGGCUUCCCCUACGGACUCGGGACGAUGAAAAAGGACGAAUCGAACCAGACCUUUGACUACUUCUCGGACGGGCAGAUCGACAAACCGCGUUUGCUCCCGACGGGACAGGAUUUAAACGUCGACGAGGGAGAGAGUCGGCGGAUGUGGAAGGACGCCAAGGAAACGGAUUUCCCCCACCGACACGUGGACGGGGAAAGAUACGACGCGAAGCGGUCGGGGCGAGCGCUGUUGAGCUGCUGCGGGAGGCGGAAGACGCGAGAAAGCGUAGAUCGUUGUGGCAGUCUUGUAGGAAUUCAAUUUUUCGAUUACGUUGCGCUCGCAGGCCUUGUUUGGCUGCGCAUAGAAGUUCGUUGGCCGUGCAGCAAUGUUCUCGUCUCUCAUUUCCACAAGCCACAAAACCACAUCAACAGGCCGGCGCAGACGAGGACGACCAUAGCUUGUACAAGACUGUCGACCUGAACCAGUACUACAACGAGUUUGCGAAGAUCGCUUUCACCGUCGUCGCGCUGCUCCGGGACAGCCUAGAGGUCCCGUCCGAGUUAGACUUGGAAGAAAUGGAAAGGACCCACUGGUCCGUGAUGCGGUUUCUCGACUACCCCUCGCUGCCCGUGGAAAAACUGCCGACCAGCCCGGAGCUGGACCACAAACUGCGGCCGCGGAUUCCGCCGCACGAAGACUUCGGGCUGAUCACCAUCCUACGGCAGGACGAGAACGGUGGCCUGCAAGUUUUGAACAAGGACGAGACCGUGAAAAAGAACCUCCCGGAGAAGGACUGGAAACGACACGGCGUGUACGAAACGAUCGCCGGGAAGGCGAAGGCAAAAUUGCCGGACCGCAGUGGAACAGCAGGUGCGAGCAAUGUACAAGGUGCUACGGCUGAAGAGCCCCUGCAGGAGCCGUUGAUUGUGAACAUCGGCCGCGUCUGGGAUUCCUACACCAACGACAAAGUGCGAGCGACUACGCACAAAGUCGAGCCGGUGAUUGUGGACGGGCGGACGACGGCACGCAAUUCGCACGCGUUCUUUUUGAACCCGAACUGGGUCUCGUGCUUCUUCGGGCCUUUGCCGCAGUACGGAGGAGACAAGAAAGAUUGGAUCAAUUUCGGCAUGCACAUAAACAACUGCAUCAAGCCUCGGUAUUAA